AUGGCCGAGAAAAAAAUUGACGAUUCACCUUUCCUUUCCAAGAUAGAAAAUUUCGAAAUAUCAGAUAAAACAAAUAAGAUUUCAAAAAAUGAAGGGAAAAAUGUUUAUAAAAGUUUAGACAAUGAAUUUAAUUUUGAUGAAGAAAAAGAAGAAAAUGAAAAUGAAUAUGAACAAGAGCAAAAGGAAGAAGGAAAAAAGGAAAAUUUGAAUUAUCAAAAGAAUGAUACAAAUAUAAGAACAAUUAAAAUAGAUAGGAAAAAUUUAAAGAAAAUAUUCAGCAGUCAGUUCUUCACUCAAACAUUAACUGAUGACUCUAGUAUAAAUUCUAUAAGCGACUUAAAGAUAAAUAAAAAGUAUGCUAUUUUUGAAUUUUUUAAAACAUUAGUUUUAAUUAUUUUAUUUUUUACUACGUCCUAUUUUGCGUUCUUUUAUAUUCUGAACAACUAUUUUGGCCAAAGUCAUAUUUGUAGUCGUUUGGAUUUAUAUAAUUAUAAGUAUGAGGACAGUGUGCAAUUCGCUUCAAGUAUCAGUAACAAGAAAUACUACGUUUUCACAGGCAAGUUUCCCUUCGACGUCAUAACAUAUAAAUUGAGAAAAGAUGUUUUAACGAAUAGCAUGAAUGAGGAAAUAGAGAAAUAUAACAAAGAAAAUUAUAAUGAAAAUUUUGAGAAAAUUGAAAAUUUAGAUGAUCAUCAAUUACAGAUUAUAUCUUUUAUGAAAUAUAACAAUAAAAUGAAAUGUGAAAAAAAAAUUUUUGAUUUAUAUAAACCUUUUCGUUUAAAAAAAUCAGAUGUCAAUAUGAACAAUUUUGACUUCAUAUUAAAUGAAGUAAAUUACAGUUUUAUAACAAACCCUUACAAUAUCCCGGAGAAUAAACUAUAUGCAGCUGUUUUAAAUUUCAUGAAAAAGAGCGAAAGUAAAAACAGGAUUUGCUAUAUCACUUCUUAUUUGAAGUCAUUAAAAGAUGAAAGAAUAAUGGAGAGUAAAAGAAUAUUGAGUGAAAACAACAUAUCAAAUAUCAUUCCCAACAGAGAACAGGCAAAUGAAACAACUGAUAACAACAAAAAUACCAUUCCUGCAACAACGGAAAAUGGUAAAGGUUACUUAAAAAAUGGAAACACACAUGAACAAGAACAAAAUAAGGAUAAUCAAGUGAAUAGCUUAAGCAAUUAUUUUAGCAUUAAGGAAAAAUCAUCCCCUCAAAAAAUUGUUUUUCUUUAUGAUUAUUAUGAUAACAAUUUUGUGAACCUUGUCAUGGCCAUCUUCAACAUGCAGUAUGGAAAUCCACAUAACAACUUAAAAAAAUACUGGGAGGAGAUAAAACAAAAGUUUAAAAUAAUACAUCCUGAGGAAAUUUAUUUGCUUGAAUGGUAUUGUUUGGGCAUAAAUUACAACAUUAUAGAAAAUAGUAAUCAGUAUAAGUUAAACUGUGUAGACCUUUUAAAAUAA